UUUUAUACGUUUGCCGUGCUGCAAAUAUGGGAUUUUAUCGGAAUUUAUUGGGCUUCAUAACUCUUUUUGGUUUCCUGCAAUUAACAAAGCAGCAUUGCUACAUGAUGAAAUUGGUGGGCGCAAAGUCGUGGGACACGCCCAACUAUGGCCUCAAGCUCAACAUGUUCGAGAAGAACAACUCGAUGUCCUCGGUGACCACUGUGCGGCAGGACGUGGCCAUACCACUGUGGCAUCUCGUCCUUUUGCAGCAUCCGCGCAAGCGGAGCUCCGCAUCCGCACCGCGAGCGGAACUUCCGCGUACGCUGUACAAUGGCACGACGAAAACGUGCGACUUCUGGAAAUACAUACGCCACGUGUCCGCCUGGAACAAUGUGGCCAAGCUAAUACUCUCGAAGGGUGCCAGCAAUAUGAGUCUCGGCUGUCCACUGAAAACGGGCGUUUACGUAAUGAAUCGCAUCCAAGUGCCGCCGGAAACGGCGAUCCUCAAGUUCAUGUACCAUCCGAACACACUGUACACCCUGGAGGGCACGGUCUACUCGCUGAAUCCCAAAGACAAGGUCACCAAGAAGGCUUUGUGCUAUUACGAGGUCAAUGCCACCAUCUACAAAUCUUGUUGAUGAACUUUGAUGAUGCAGUGCUCUUUUAAAUAAUUUUUUUUUUUUUUUUAAUAUUAGUUUGUUAUUUUUUUCAUUGUUUGUUAGCAUAAUAAUAAUGGGACCCUGAAAUCUCUAGUUCUUCUAUGAGAUUUGAACAAAUCUUUGGUGUUAUAAGUUACCAUUUUUUAACUGAUUACAGUUAUUGUAGAUUUCUAGUUUAAUUAGUAAUUAAAGUGGAAAACAAAUGUUUCUGCAUGAUUUUCCCCUCUUGAGUUGUAAAUGUUGUGCUCUUCAAUUGUCAGAGGGUCUGGUCGCGAUUGAGGUUGAACUGGGGUUAAGGCGGUUGAAAGCCGUGCGUGUCGCACGUCAGCGAAGGAUUUUUAAUUAAGUGCGAAAUAAAAAUG